CUUGUUCGCGAAGCAAGGCAGCAGGUUCUGGAAGCAGCAUUUCGUUAUGUACUUGCACCCCUCGAUGUCGCCUUCUUUAGCUCAGCGGCCUUCAGAACCCUAGAGAUCGAUCCAUAACUUUCUUCUUUUCGUUUAUUGAAAGGGGCAAUGGGGGAUAAUUGCUGUUCGACUCAGUUAAUCGAUGGCGCAGGGGUGUUGAAUGUAGAGGGAUUGGAGCAUUUCGUGAAGACUGUGAGGCUCGUCGAGUGCGGUCUUUCCUAUGUGGUCGUAUCCAUCAUGGGUCCCCAGAGCAGCGGGAAGAGCACCUUACUUAACCAUCUCUUUCGGACCAACUUUAGGGAGAUGGAUGCCCUUAGAGGAAGGGUCCAAACUACCAAAGGCAUUUGGAUAGCAAAGUGUCUUGACAUUGAGCCUUGUACAAUUGUCAUUGAUUUAGAGGGAACGGAUGGGAGAGAAAGAGGAGAGGAUGAUACUGUAUUUGAGAAGCAAAGUGCUCUUUUUGCUCUAGCAAUUUCAGACGUUGUUCUUGUAAACAUUUGGUGUCAUGAUAUUGGUCGGGAGCACGCUUCUAACAAGCCUCUACUAAGGACAGUUUUUCAGGUCAUGUUACGAUUGUUCAGUCCUCGCAAGACAACUUUGCUAUUUGUUAUUCGUGACAAAACAAAGACUCCAUUAGAAUAUUUAGAGCCAAUUUUGAGGGAAGACAUCCAAAAAAUAUGGGAUACCGUUUCUAAAACCCAGGCUCACAAGUCACUGCCAUUACAUGAUUUUUUUAAUGUAGAGGUCGUUGCUUUGCCCAGUUAUGAAGAGAAAAAAGAGCAAUUCAAAGAGCAGGUUGCACAACUGAGGCAACGUUUUUUCAAUUCAGUUGCCCCAGGUGGCCUUGCAGGUGAUAGAGGAGGUGUUGUCCCUGCUUCAGCAUUUUCUUUCAGCGUACAAAAGAUUUGGAAAACUAUACGAGAAAAUAAGGACCUUGAUCUUCCUGCUCACAAGGUAAUGGUUGCAACUGUUCGAUGUGAGGAGAUUGCAAAUGAAAAGUUGAGUUCUUUGACUUCCAAUAAGCAAUGGCUGGAACUGGUGGAGGCCGUUAGAUCUGGUCCUGUACCAGGCUUUGGGAAGACAGUUAGCUCCAUCCUUGAUUCUUUUUUUGAGGAGUAUGACCGGGAAGCUGUUUUCUUUGAUGAAGGUGUCAGGACAUCGAAAAGACAUCAGCUGGAAUCUAAAGCAUUGCACCUUGUAAAGCCUGCAUUUCAGGCAAUGCUUGGACAUUUAAGGUCUAAAGCUCUUGCAAGUUUUAAAAUAGAUUUGCAACAGUCUCUGAAGAAAGGAGUAGGGUUCGCGGUGUAUGUUCGCAAUUGCUCUCAAUCAGCCAUGCUUGAAUUUGAUCAGGGGUUUAAAGAUGUUUCCAUUAAGCAGGCAGACUGGGAUUCUCACAAAGUUAGGGAGAAAUUAAGUCGUGACAUAGAGGCACAUAUUUCAUCUGUUCGUGAUGCAAAACUAUCAGAACUUGUAGCAGAUUUUGAGAAUCGAUUGGCUGAAGCUCUUACGGAACCCAUGGAGUCACUUUUUGAUGCAGCAGAGGGAGAUACUUGGGCAUCUAUAAGAAGGCUAUAUAAGAGUGAGACAAAAAAGGCUCUGUUAGAUUUGUCAGCUUCUCUCUCUGAAUUCGAAUUGGACCAGGAAACCUUCAAUAAGAUUAUGGGAGACUUGAAGGACUUUUCUAGGAACUUUGUAGAAAAGAAGGCCAGAGAAGAAGCGGGGAAGGUUUUAAUUCGUAUGAAGGAUAGAUUCUCAACCAUUUUUAAGUAUGAUAAAGAUUCAAUGCCAAGGGUUUGGACUGGAAAAGAAGAUGUGAGGAUAAUCACAAAAGAUGCUCGUGCAGCUGCCUUGAACCUUUUAUCAGUAAUGGCUGCUAUACGUUUGGAUGAUAAGACAGAUAACAUUGAAAAAAUUCUCAAUUCAAGUCUUCUAGAUAGUCAGGCUUCCAUAGAAAAGAGCAUCAAACCUUCUGCAGAUCCCCUUGCUUCAGCAACCUGGCCAGAGAUUACUUCGAAGAACACUUUGAUAUCACCAGCACAAUGUAAGUUAAUCUGGAAGCAGUUCAAUUCAGAGAUUGAGUAUGCUGUAAUUCAGGCUGUUUCAGCUCAGGAAUCGCACAGGCGCUCCAACAACUGGCUACCUCCCCUCUGGGCAAUUGCUGCAAUUAUAAUCCUAGGCUUCGACGAAUUUAUGAUGCUUUUAAGGAAUCCCGCAUAUGCUUUUCUAAUUUUCACUCUAACAAUGACAGUCCUUGCAUUAUGGAAGCAACUUGACAUUGCUGGAGAGUUUCGCCAUGGGGUGGUAAGAAAAUUAUUUCUAAUGAAUAUCAAGUGGUAA